CACCGGGCCGGCGCCCUGCAUCCGGUUCCGGCAGAUCCAGCCACCCCACCUGCACCCAGCCGGCAGGAGACAGAGGCUGCUGAGCAGAUGGUGCGGCGCCAUGUCAGGUGACUACGAGGAGGACGUGUGCCGUGGCGCGCUCACCCUGCUCAAGGAGCUCUGCUUCUCCCUGCGGGCGCUGGACCAACACGAGAAAUGCCUGGAGUUCACCGACCUGCUGCGGAACCGGGGGCACCCCCCGCCCACCGACUCGGACAUCUCCGUCAGCCUGCUGUCCGUCAUCGUCACCUUCUGCGGCAUCGUGCUGCUGGGGGUCUCGCUCUUCGUCUCCUGGAAGCUCUGCUGGGUCCCCUGGCGGGACAAGGGGGCCUCGCCAGCCCCACGCAAGGACCACGGCCUCCACGGCCACCUGCACCACUCGCCCUUCGGCGACCUGCUGGUGGAGCGCGUGGAGCUGGGCCCCGAGAUGCCCGAACGCUCCUACCUCGACAUGGACUCCUACCCCGAGGCCACCCUCAAGCUGAGCCAGACCUCGCCCGACCUGCCGGUGGAGGGGCAGGUGGGCCCCAAGGAGGGCAGCGGCAUGCCCAAUGCGCACUCCCACCAGCAGGUGGCCACCUUGGCGCCCGCCCCCAGGUACAACACCCUGCCGCGCCCCGUGACCCAGCAGCUGUCCAGCCCGGAGGUGGUCGGCCACGGCGGGGAGGACAAGCCGGAGCAGGCCACCAGCAUUGGUCAGAUCAAGCCGGAGCUGUACAAGCAGCGGGCGGGCGAGGCGGAGCACCGUAAGGCGGAGGGUCCUCCCUGCGGACGCAUCAGCUUCGCCCUGCGCUACGCCUACGCCUCGGAGCAGCUGGUGGUGAAGAUCCUGCGGGCGCUGGACCUGCCGGCCAAGGAUGCCAACGGCUUCUCCGACCCCUACGUCAAGAUGUACCUGCUGCCCGACCGCAAGAAGAAGUUCCAGACCAAGGUGCACCGCAAGACGCUCAACCCCGUCUUCAACGAGACCUUCAACUUCAACGUCCCCUUCGCCGAGCUGCCGGGACGCAAGCUGCAUUUCAGCGUCUACGACUUCGACCGCUUCUCCCGCCACGACCUCAUCGGGCAGGUGGUGCUGGACAACUUGCUGGAGAUGGCGGAGCGGGAUGAGGAGACGCCCAUCUGGAGGGAUAUCCUGGAGGGCAGCUCGGAGAAGGCCGACCUUGGGGAGGUGAAUUUCUCCCUCUGUUACCUGCCCACCGCCGGCCGCCUGACUGUGACCAUCAUCCGGGCCUCCAACCUCAAAGCCAUGGACCUGACUGGCUUCUCAGACCCCUACGUCAAGGCCUCGCUCAUGUGCGAGGGGCGACGGCUGAAGAAACGCAAGACGUCCAUCAAGAAGAACACCCUGAACCCCAGCUACAACGAGGCCCUCGUCUUCGACAUCCCACACGAGAGCACCGAGCACGUCAGCCUCACCAUCACCGUCAUGGACUACGACUGCAUCGGGCACAACGAGGUGAUUGGGAUGUGCCGGGUGGGGAGUGACGCCGAGGGGCCGGGCCGGGAGCACUGGGCCGAGAUGUUGGCCAGCCCCCGCCAACCCAUUGAGCACUGGCAUCCGCUGGUGGAGGAGAAAGCCCUGAACAGCUACAUCUCCAAGAGUGCCCAGCGCGACAAGCCCAGCAUCGUGGUGGAGAGCGUCCCCUCGGACUAGCCCCCCACCGAGACCCCCAGGGGCUGAUCGUGGCUGGUCUCCCUGGUUCUGCGCUGUUCUCCGUGUCCAGGGGGAGGCGCCGUCAGGAGCUCUGUGUAUGUGUUGGGGGGGCCGUGGGGAUGGGGGUGUCAUUUUUUCUCUAAGCCAUAGGAGAAGCCAGGACCGAGCCGUCUCCAAAUGCCUCUCCCUCCCUGGGGCUGAUUUGUGUGUGUUUGGGGUGGGAGACCACAGGCUGGGAGCCCCCCUCUACUCAGUGACUUGCAUGUUGUAGGGGGUGGGGGGCUGCCACGCCCCACGCCCCUUGUGGGAGGGGCAGGUUGCCUGGCUUUAGCCGCACCCACGCACUGUGAACCCAGGUGUCCGGGGAUCUGCAUCUCGUCCUGAAGAGGAAGGACCUCUUGGCUGGUUCUUUCCACACCCCUGCGUCCCCCCCCGACUGAUGGCUCCUGCUGCUCGCCCCCCCAGUGCUGAGAAGAGACCCCUGCACUGUGUGGGGGCUGCGUCACCCCCCAAUGACUGACUCAUCUGGGGGGGGCAGGGCUGUUUGCAGUGACCCCCAAAGCACCUGGCUUCCCCUGACUGAAAUGGAGGUCAUGCCUCCCUCCCCAGGGGACUUCAUGCUUGAUCUGGACUUGGUGGGGGGAACAUGUCUCCCCCCCAACUUGUUUCUCGGUGGUUUGCAUGAACAUGAUUUCCACCCCCCCCCCCACCAGCCGUGGUGUGUGGGUGUGUGUGGGGAGGAGAAGAACCCAGGCGUCCGGAUGCGCCCCCCCCCACACCCCAGAGCGUAGGGACAGUGGGGUCUGGGGAAUCCGUCUAGGAGAACCCAGACAUCCAGUUCCUGUCUGUCGCCCCCCCCUCCCCCCACGCAUGUCUGUACCUUUGUCUGUCUGCGUUUCUCUGUCCGUCCGUCCCCCGAUGAUCCAUCCUGGGUCUUUGUUUUAAGUGUGUGAGGGGGAAAAAAACCAACCUGCCCCCCCAGGCCUACCUGACCAAGUGGAAACCCCUCUGGAAAAGCCAUAGACCCCUGCCUGCCCCCCACCCCCGGGGCAGGGCACCCAGCGUGCUGGGUGGGGGGCGGGGAGGGGGGAGCAGGCAGGGUUCUGGCCAUAACAUUCUGCAAUAGCGUCAUGGGAACUCGGAGCUGCUGCUAAUGUGACCUUAACAAUAAAUCUGGUGAGAAGUGA